AGUGCUUGGGGAUGAUGGCAAUGGGGGUGUCAUGCAGGGGCUGUGUCUGCAUGGGAUGGGAGCCCUGCAGUCACCCUGCAAUGCUCCAGGUGGGACAGCAGCUGUGUCCUCACCCCGGCCCUAUUCUGCAGUGCUGCUUGAGGACCCUGCUCUGCUGGGACGCUGCAUCCAGAGCCCCGUGGUGACAGCUGAGGUCAUGUUGGAGCCCUAAGCAUCUGCCAGCAAAGGAGCUGGGACACCUAUGGGGUGAACACUGCACAUCCAGUGCCCCCACAGGGACAGGCACCCUGACCCCAAACAGCACCCCAGCAUUGCCAUGUGAGGCAGUGGGGAGGGGGCUCUGGGCACUACUCCCACUGAAUCCCCCUUUGAAGCAAACAAAGGCAUAAAAAGGCAGAUUCCGGCUUUGAUCCCAUUCGGGUGUCCUCCUCCUCCCCCUCCUUCCCCCCAGCUGUUGAGUGCAGAAACUUGACCCCCACUGCUUUCAUGUGGGGCCUGGGAAAUGGGCCCGGAGGGUCCCCUGGUGCCCCCAUCCUCCUCAGCCCACGCUGGCGCGGGGGUCUUAACAUGGCUCCAGUGUGGCCUCCCCCAUUACAAACACACACAGGUGCCUCCCCUCUCCGACUGCGCUCACCCUUAUAGGGGCUGGGGGUUGGAAAUUAAGCACCCCCAGCCCACCAAAGAGCAUUUAAAGCUCCAUGCAGCCCAGCUCUGCCAGACAACAAGGAGCAGCUGGAGGGGACGCGUGGUAAGCAAUCAGCUCAGUGUGACUGCAGCAUCCUGCUGAGCAGGGAUGGGAUGGAGCUUGGGACGAUGCCCUGAGUAUGGGGUGCAGGACUGGGUGGGCUCAUCCCCUAUUUGGCAGUAAAAGGGAAAGGAAACGGGGAGUGUUAAGGGAUCUGGGGGUCUGCAAGGCAGCUCAGGUCUCCUGGAUGAGGCCUGCAUUGGUACAGUGUUGGAUGCUGUACUGGGAACCACCCGCUGUGUGACUCAGAGCCGUCGCUGUGGUGUGGGCAGCUGUGAUGAGAGGUGAAACUGCUGCAGUUCUGUGCUACGGGCAUCACAACACGGAGAGGUUUUCCAUGCUCAGAACUGGAGAACAGCGAUGAAUCCAUGGGUGCACCGUGCCCUGUAAGGUUGGGGCUUACAAACCUGCCCCGUGCUGUGACCCCUUCCCAUCAUAUGCUGAAUUAUGGGUGGGAUGUGGGGCGAUGGGGGCACAACAGAGCAGGGGGAUCAGCAUUACACCCCACAGCACUGAGCUGGAGCCAGUACAGCAGCUCCGGGUGCUGCUGUCUGCAGCUCAGCCCCAUGGCCACAGUGCAGCUGUGCCUGCCGCUCUCAGAGCACGCCAUGCUGGCUGCAUGGAUGGAGGCCUGGGAGGGGGGUGGGAGGGGAAGAUUGUCCCUGCGGAGCCAAGCCAAGCCUUGUGCUGCGUGCUGUCUCUGCAGGACCCUGGGAUGAACAUCUCGGCGCCGGCUGAUUGCGUGCCCAGCGACCCGGUGCAGUUUGUGCUGCUGCCCGUCGUGUAUUGCCUGGUGCUGUGCGUGGGGCUGCCGGGCAACCUGGCUGCUCUGCUGGUCUUCCUGCAACACGGCAAAGUACGCAAAGCCGUCCGCAUCUACCUCAUCAACCUGACCAUGGCCGACAUCCUCUUCAACCUCACGCUGCCCCUCUGGAUCCCCUAUUACCUGGCCGGGGGGGACUGGCUGCUGCCGGAGGCCGCGUGCCGCCUGGCUGGUGCUGCUUAUUACCUGGCGACCUACAGCUCCGUCACCUUCAUGGCUCUUAUCAGCCUGGACCGGCUCAGUGCGGUGCAGCGGGCGCUGCCGUUGGUGGGGCACCAUGGGGCGUUGUUGGCGUGCGGUGCAGCGUGGCUGCUGGGCCUGGGCUGUGCUGCACCAGCUCUCAUCGCCCCACAAACCUCACCAGCACGUGCUGGUGCCACCGCCUGCUUCGAGCAGCACACACGGCAGCAGGUCUAUGCCUACGCCAUGGUGGCUUUCUUUGCUGUUGCCUUCAUGGUGGUGCUGGGCUCUUACACCUCCAUCGCCUGCUCGCUGUCCAGUGCCACCAUCCCCUCCCCGGGCUCGCACAGGCAGCAGGCUCGUGCCAUGGUGCUGGGGAUGCUGCUGGUGUUUGCGGUGUGUGUGGCCCCCUACCACCUGAUGUUGGCCCCCUGGGUGGGCAGUCGGCCCCCCACGCCGCCCUGUGGCCCCCCGGCUGCCCUGGAUGUGCUGCACGUGCUGAGCGUGGCCCUGCUCAGCCUCAACAGCUGCCUCGACCCCCUCGUCUACUGCUUCUGCAUCCGACGCUUCCGCGCUGACCUGAGACAGACGCUGCGUGCAGCCACUCGUUGCCUCCCCCUGUCCCCAUCUGCCCCCCAUGGAUCAGCUCCCAGCGGCCGCGCCAUCUCCUUCACCUCCACGUAGGGCUGGGGGGGUCCUUGGGAGCAGCCAGGGGGGGGGCUCCCACCUCGCACCCCUCUCUCCAUCCACCCCCGUUGUGCUCUCAGCACAACCCCAUGCAGUGUGGGUGCGUGGUUCCCUUCUCAGCACAGAGGUGCCAUCCCCAGCAGCCACGAGCCACGGUGGGGAACGACAUAUGGGGAUUCCAUCCCCUCUUGGGGGUCCCACUCCUCCGGGGCUGCGCACCACUGAAUAUACAGCACUAGUUUGAGUGGGGCCGUCCCGCUCCGUGCCCCCAGCACCACUCACUCCUCUGCCGGGAUUAAAAUUG